GGUCUCGUCCGGCGUUUUUUUAAUCGCAAAGGAUUAUGCUCAUCUAGGAGCAUAGCUAUACAUUGGUGAUGGUUGGCAUCAGAUGGCGCGCCGAGUGUUCAUGUCCUAAAGUGCAGAGUCGGGUUUAUUGGGAUGGUCUGACAUUAAUGUGGCUUGGGGGUAGUAGAUUGUCGGGCCUGGGAAGGUCGGUGCGGUUGGCCCGCGUCAUCGUACGGUGGUGAUAUGUGGGCGUAUGGAUGGCUGUCAGCAGGGACUGUAUUUUUCUGCCGCGCAGCCCCGGUGGAACUCAGGAUAACGAUGACAUGUGCGUUAAUGCAACAUUCGCGUCUCCCCAACAUCUUUGGACGGCUUCUUAGCCCUCAACAAAAGGGGUCUGGCGCCAAUGCUUGCCGUACCCAAAGGGAGUGCCAAGAUCGUGGGGACCUCAUUUUUGCUACUGAACUCCAAAUACAAGGCAGGGUCGAUGCUGCUUAAGUUAAGGGUGCAGGGGCAGAGGGAAAUUUUUCUGAGGUGGGUUUCUCUCCGUCUCUUACGACAUGCGGUAGAAUUGCAUCAUGAUUAGGGUUUUGGAGAGUCGCUCGUCCGUCGAGGGCCCGUGUCCUUCGCACCUUGGGAAAGGGGCUGAUGAGGCUGAUGGAAGGAGGCGAAAAUCAGUCCCCGGCCUAUUGGG